AUUUAUUAAACCAAAAUAAACUACAUCAAAGACUUAUUUUAGAGACGGCUCGCACAUCUGUUUCUGUGAUUAUAUUCUACCCGUCGUGGGCGUCGUGGCGUUGACACUUGCUCGAGCUAACAAUUGAAAAAAUUCUUCUCGGUGAAAUUUCCGAGUAUCUCUUCAUUAAUGUGUUGUUCUAGUUUGGUGGUAGUUAUUUAUUAUCAUAGUCUCGAUUAAUUGCUACGGGUUGGUCAGAUAUUCUACUGAACACCAUCUCUUCACCGAACUAAGAAAUGAUACGAAAUAAUAUAUAUACUGGCCCAGUCUUAUCCAACCUUGUCAUUGGCAUGACAAAGCCUUGAUGGAGCCAUAACACACAAAGAUUGAUUGAGUAGUGCUCAGCAAUUUCAAUAUUUCCAAUUUAUAUAUUGAUUAAUUGAUUUCUUGGGGCAUCAUUUUAGAAAACACAUAAUUGCAUAAGUCGGUUUUACAGUACUAUAUAAGUCAGUUAGACAUUUACGCAGUCCCAGCUAAUAAGACGAUGGAGGAGUAUUACUCGUGUAGCUGCUGCUUGGUGCGCCCUCCGGACAAAGGCCUCAAGACACUGUAUAAUCAUUUCGGCAAAGCAGAGAUAUAUUAUGACAUGCUGAGAGAAUGCUUUGGUUUAAGUCUAAGUUUAGGAAAUGACGAGUGCGGGAUCUGCGAGGUGUGUGUGGUGCGGCUGCGGGACGCGAGUGACUUCAAGCUGCAAGUGCUGCGCGUCCAGGACGUACUGCACAAGCGGGUCUCGGGAGCACUCCCUGCCACUGAGGGUGACAAAUUCGACAUCAAGUUAGAGAAACCUACUGGAGAUGACGCCAUUUCGCGCGGUAUUAAGCAGGAGAGGCCGGAGGUGGAGAUGGCUGAUAACAACAUCGUCUCAGUUGCAUUACACGAAGGAUCACCAGCGCCAUUUGCUCAACCAGUAACUACCGCGUCCCACAGCGUCUCGCGCGCAUCAGCUCCGAACGUUACCAAGCGCAGCUCCCACACUGGAGAGAAACCUUACGCGUGCAACAUAUGCGACAAAAGAUUCGGUCAGAAAGGCCACUUUAAUGCUCAUUACGCAUACCAUAUAGGGAAAUUCAAAUUCUCUUGCGAAUUAUGCAAAAGGGGAUUCGUACAGAAACGUGAAUAUGUUACUCAUAUGCGGAUACACACUGGUGAAAAACCAUACGGAUGUGAUAUAUGCAACAAGAAAUUUAGACAUAAAGGCCAAUUAAACGUUCAUAAAAAUAGUCAUUUUAAAUAUGAUCAGAAUCGCUUAGAGCCAGGACAAAUAACAUGUAAAAAUGAGUCGUCAGAAGAAUCAGAAGAUCAAAGACCCGCUAAAUAUUUUACGUGUGAUAUAUGCAAGAAGCAAUUUGUUGAUAAAAACUAUUUAGACGCUCAUUACAAACAUCACUCUGGAGAUUAUCCGUUCACUUGCGACAUUUGUGCAAGGAAAUUUAAUACGCAGUUUGCCUUGAAUACUCAUAAAGUUGAUCACUCGAGAGGGAGACCUUUUAAGUGUGAAAAAUGCAAUAAAGGGUACACAACGAAAGGUGCUUUAACUCUACAUUUCAAAGUUCACACUGAGGAUUAUAAGCACGUAUGUCACAUGUGUAGUAAACGCUUCAUAACAAAGGAGAAUUUAAAUGUACAUAUGCGCGUACACACGGGGGAACAUCCUUAUACCUGUGUAACUUGUGAAACUAAGUUCCGCUAUAGAUAUAGCUUGAAGAAACAUUUAUUGGAGAAACACAACCAAGUUAUGGACAAACAAUUCAGUUGUGAUACUUGUGGGAAACGAUUUGCAUUACAGGGGACUUUAGUAAAACAUAUGAACAAACACACAGAGAAGGAAACGGCAGAUAAAAAGAAAGAUCUAGCAUUUAUGUGUGAAAUAUGUAGCAAACGAUUUUCGACAAUAGGUAUUCUAAAUAACCAUAGAGUCACACAUAAUGAAGAAAGACCUUUCGAGUGCGAAGUAUGUCAUAAAAAAUACCGAACGAAGACGAACUUACUGGACCACAUGCAGGUGCACGAGGAAAAAAAACACUCGUGUGAAGUAUGCGGCCAGCCAUUCAGACAUAAGUCUGCCUUGAAUGUUCAUAUCCGACGGAUGCACUCCGAAAACAGACCACAUGUUUGUGAUAUUUGUAAUAAGGCUUUUGUAGUUCUUGCUGAACUAAAAAUUCAUAAUCGUGUACACACUGGGGAAAAACCGUAUGCUUGCGAAAUAUGCUGUAAGAAAUUUCAGCGCCCUGGUAGAGUUAAGUACCAUCUUGUAAACGUCCACCACGAGAAGCCUACGAGAUUUGUCAAAUUAAAAGAAUUGAAUAAAUAUGACUAAAUUAAAAGUGACUUGUUGUGUAAAA